UUUUAAUGUUAUAAACUGUAUAAAACGACAAUAAAACAGCAUGGCGAGGUUGUUUCAUAUUAGCACAAGCUGAUAAAACAUUGUUGUACGGCAAAGUCGCUGGUGUUGAUAUUUAUUAGACAGUUGGAGUCUCUUGAUCCUAUUUUUAUAAACUUGAUAGAAGUUAUUAAAUGAAGACAAAAUUUAUUUCAAUUAAUGCAUUAUUAUGGGUACUGCAAUGCAUUCAUUUAACUCUUUUGAUUCAGAAUGAUAAGAUGACUGAUCAAUAUGUUCCUCAAAAAACUUUACUCGAUAUCUUAAAUUUGAAUGAUGGCAUUGAUAUAAAAUGGUCUCAUGCAGUUAACAGCAAAAAAAAACUUUUAAAUUCUUUAACCGAUAAUACUAUUACAAUGUUGGAAGCAGAUGUUAUUUUAGGUCCAAAUAACGAACCAAUUAUGGCACAUUCCCCCUCUGAUUUAAGUGACAUAUCGUUAUCAGAGUGGUUAAUUGAAGCGUUUAAUCAUGGUAAAAAAGGUAUAAAAUUAGAUUUCAAACAAACUGAAGCUAUCGUUCCUUCUUUAAAUAUAUUAAAGACAAUCAUGAAAUUUAACACAAGUAUUCCUGUAAUCCUAAAUGCAGAUAUACUAGAAGGGCCAAAUAACCUUUUAACAAAACCUGUGGAUGCCAAUAUCUUUAUAGAAAAGUGCAAGCAAAUAAAUAAUGCAAUCUUAUCACCUGGAUGGACGUCAGCAUUUAAUGGAUCAUUAUCAGAAGGUUAUUCUUGGUCACAUGUACAACAAAUGUUUGAAUUAGUUAACGAUACUGGUUUACAUGUCACAUUCCCUGUGCGUGCUUCAUUAGUCAAUCGAUCAAUGAAGCAAUUGCUUUGGUUGCUUUGCCAAAACAAAUCAUUUACACUUACAGUUUGGACCUCCAUCUCAGACGUAUUUGAUUUAAACGAACUGCUAUUUUUGAGGAAGUAUAAAAGCUUAGUUUAUUUUGAUAUGCCAAAUGAUGAAAUUAAUUUGAUAAAAUGAUGAAAUUAAUUUGAUAUGCCAAAUGAUGAAAUUAAUUUGAUAUGUCAAAUGAUGAAAUUAAUUUGAUAUGCCAAAUGAUGAAAUUAAUUUGAUAUGCCAAAUGAUGAAAUUAAUUUGAUAAAGAACCAAAAUAUGAUUUUUGAUUUUUCUUUUUUUGUUUUGUUCAAGCUUUUUUUUUGGUGACUUAAUAACAACAACAAAAGUUAAUUAUUUUCUUUUAUUUUUUUUAAGUUUAAAAGAGAGUGUAGUAUGUGUUAAAUAUGGCGCAAUAAUUAUAAUAAAAACCAAAUCAUUGAGAAGUGUCACUCAGAUGUACAACCCUCGGAAUUAGAGUUAGUAUUCGGUAAAUUUUUGCCGACCUUAUUUCGAUGUUUUAUGGUAAGACUUUUGUAUCAAAAAGUUAUUCUCGGUUAAUAUAAAUCAAAGUAAAGGGUCGCCAAGUGUCCGCUGCUCUUCGUUACAUAUCGAUGCUAUAUCAGAAAAAAUAAAAAAUUGUUAUAAAUAGUUCGCCGACGAUACAAAAAUUAUUUCGGUGAUUUCAAAUAACGACAUCUGUCUAUUACAAGAGGAUUUAUUUCAAGUGGAAAAAAAAAAACGUCCCACAAGGGUUUUUAUGUGGAUUCCGUGUAAGAUUCAUGGGAGCCAAUGUGAGACAAGUUACUUUUUUCACUAGACUUAACCUUUGCAAAUGGAGUAAAAAAUAAUUGCAGCCGUGGCGUAGUGGUAGCACACUUGCCUCAGAAACGUAAGAUCCGUGGCUAUUGUUCCUUUUUUAGUUUCCCGAAAAUUUACGGUUGUAUUUAGUCGGACUUCCGCUUUAUUCACCGAUUAAAUUAAAAUUCAAUAUUUUAAAAUUCAAUAUUUUAAUAAAAAAGUUGUACUUAAAUAAAGUCUCCUUCAAACCCCGCCUCUGGGCAUGUUUUGCGACAUCGGUUGGGAAAGAGGCGUGAACUUCCUAUUAAAUGCUCUUCCGCGGUGCUCUGUGAUAAGACCGUAAGGACUUCUUGGGGCACCUAAAUAACAUUAA